CUGCUGGCCCCGCCCCGGCUCCUCCUCCUGAGGGGACGGGAGGCGCGAGGCUGUUGGUUGGUGGCAGCGGACGCGGUGCGAGGGCAUUAUGGUGCCGCUGAGGGACUGCAAGGCCUGGCAGGAUGCUGGACUUGUCCUGUCCACAACUAGCAAUGAAGCCUGUAAACUAUUUGAUGCUGUGCUGACCCAGUAUGCAACCUGGACCAAUAAUGAGAGCCUUGGAGGUAUUGAAGGAUGUCUCUCAAAGUUAAAAGCUGCAGAUCCAAAUUUUACAAUGGGACAUGUCAUUGCUAAUGGUUUGGAGCUGAUUGGCACUGGAAGUUCAGUGCGGCUCAACAAAGAGCUGGACAGCGCGAUGAGAACAAUGAUGACGCUUUCAAAAUCACAGCCACUGACUGAGCGGGAGAAGCUUCAUGUAUCAGCGUUGGACAUGUUUGCCAGUGGACAACUUCCAAAAGCUUGUGAUCUAUGGGAACAGAUUCUGCAGAGCCACCCAACUGACCUGCUAGCCCUCAAGUUUUCCCAUGACACUUUCUUCUACCUGGGAUAUCAGACACAGAUGCGAGAUUCUGUUGCCCGGGUUUAUCCUUUCUGGACGCCUGAUAUUCCUCUAAGCAGCUAUGUGAAGGGCAUCUACUCGUUUGGACUCAUGGAAACAAACUUUUUUGAUCGUGCUGAGAAGCUUGCCCAUGAGGCUUUGGCUAUAAAUCGGACAGAUGCGUGGUCUGUUCACACCAUAGCUCACAUAAAUGAAAUGAAAGCAGAGGUGAAGAAAGGGUUAGAUUUUAUGAAGGAAACGGAAAACAACUGGAAGAACAGUGAUAUGCUUGCUUGCCACAAUUACUGGCACUGGGCUUUAUACUUCAUUGAAAAGGGUGACUAUGAGGCCGCUUUGACAAUUUAUGACAAUCAUAUUGCUCCCCGGUGUCUGUCAAGUGGAAGCAUGCUGGAUAUAGUAGAUAACUCUUCGAUGCUCUACAGGCUUCAUCUGGAAGGUGUAAAGCUUGGAGACAGGUGGAACAAUGUUCUCAAGCUUACAAAGCAGCACACCAAAGAUCACAUUCUUCUGUUCAAUGAUGUACACGUCUUGAUGUCCUCACUUGGAGCCAAAGACCACAAAACUACUGAUGAGCUUUUGACAACUCUUCAGGAACUUGCCAAAGAACCUGGUGAAGACCAUGAGCUUUCCCUGGCUCCUAGUUUGGGGUUACCACUCUGCCAAGCUCUCGUGGAGUUUGAAAAUGGAAACUGUGAUAAAGCUGUGGACCUGCUGUACCCAAUCCGUUAUCAAUUGAUCCAAAUAGGAGGCAGUAACGCUCAGAGAGAUGUUUUCAGCCAACUGUUGAUUCAUGCUGCUUUAAAUUCUAAAUCGCAAGCCAAACAAAACCUUGCGAGGUGCCUCCUAAGAGAACGUGAUGAGAUGAGACCAAAUUCACCAAUGACGGAGCGGCUCAUUAGGAAGGCAGCAACUGUCCAUUCAGUGGCAUAAGUCUUCCUUCGGUGCUUCACCUGAAAUAGCAAUAAGCUCACCAAUCAAAAUCUGUGUGCGAGGAGUGGAGGGUCAUGUGCUGUAAGCCAUGCUAGAGAUUCACAGAAUCGCAGACUGAUUUGGCUUGGAAGGAACCUCUGGAGAUCAUCUAGUCCAACCCACCUGCUAAAGCAGGUUCACCCAGAGCAGAUCACACAGGAAUGUGUCCAGGUGGGUUUUGAAUGUCUCCAGAGGAGGAGACUCCACAGCCUCCCUGGGCAGCCUGUUCCAGUGCUCUGGCACCCUCAGAGUAAAGAAGUUUCUCCUCAUAUCCAGAUGGAACCUCCUGUGCUUCAGUCUGUGCCCAUUGCCUCUGAUCCUGUUGCUGGGCACCACUGAUGGUAGGUAAGGGUACCCUAUGAAUCAGGGAUCUGACAAUGAUUUCCUUAAAAAAAAUACAACCUCUUGAAAUGCAGCAGCUGUAUAUCUUAAAUGAUGCCACAAGGAAAGAAGAAGAUAACCUGCUGAUGCUGCACAGCUUUAUGAAGCAUUCUGGGAGACUCCUUUUCUGGUGUAUUUUCCUGAAAGUUCCCUCUGAGCCUGAUUAUAGUACAGUAACUGUGCCUGGACUUCAGUCAUUCAUAGCUGGCUGUAUGCUGCCCUGGGAGUUCCUGUGGAGGUUCCUGUCUGACACUUUUCUUCCCCCAGCUCUCACUUGAGGAAAAAAUAGUUCAUUUUUGAAUCAGUGAUAAUUUGUGAAACCAGGUAAGGUUAUUUCAGUCCUUGCUUGGUGCCUUUUGAAUCCUGCAGACAGCUGGAGUUGCCUGUUCUUCACUUUCAUCACUGCUUCAUCUGUCCAGCCACAUGGCUGUGAUUGGCUUACUCUGUGCUAAAGUUAUACCAGAUAUUUGCUGUUGUUCUUAAUCAGUGCAUUUCAGGCAGUGGCUGGACAGAUACCUUUUUCCUCCAGCCAUAUAACAAGUCUUAUGAGGGAACAAAAGCCUGAGAAAUCUGCUGGCUGUUUAUGGCUACGUAGCUUAUGUGGCCCAUUGCUAGACAAAUUUCAGACAUUUGUAGUACUUUUGAUAUAAUGUGAUUUAGAAUUUUGUCUGCUUUACAUCAAUAAAUUUGAAGAUUUGCUCA